AGCACCCUUGAAUUUCUUCUUCGUGUACAAGAAGUUAUCGAGUUAUGUCGCGAAAAUAAAAGAGAGGAGGCCCUUAAAUAUUCAAAAGAACAUUUCAAAGCUUAUAUAGAUGUUAAUAAAAAGAAUGCCCAAGAUCCUAAAAAGUCUGAUUCUCAGCCUGGUCCUAUUAGGAGACGUGAUAAUGUUAAACCUAUAUCUUCUGAUGAUCCUCUUUACAAGCAAUACCUUCAAAUGAUGGGUGCUCUUGCCUUUCCUCCUAAUACUAAUUGCAAACCUUAUAAGGCUCUAUAUGAUCCUAUUCGUUGGGAACGACUAAUUGCUCGUUUUCGAAUUGACUUUUAUGAGUUAAAUGCCCUCCCUUCUCAGCCUUUAUUGAAUGUCACCUUACAGGCUGGAUU